UCAAUGUCUGCGAUUACGACCUGUACAAGUUUCUCUCUCUUCUCCAUGUUCGGUGAAUCCAACUCAUCGAAUCAAUUGCUGGAGACGGCUGAGGCCAGAGAAGAACAACGAAGCACGCAGUCGUCGAAGAGGCAGCGACUGAGACAAAGGGAGAGAGGAGAAGGAGAUGAUGUCGAAUAAGAUUUAUUGGCAAUUAAAUUGUGGUGGAGAAGACUUGGGGGUUGACAACUGUGGGAUACUCUAAAGUUUUCUUUCCGGUCAUGGAGGUUGAGGUUUCUGGUUCGAAACUUUUGUCUGUUGAAAGUUCUAAAAGGAGGGAGAAGGAGCAAAUUCGCGUGAAGAGGGAAACCUUGCAAGCUGUGCUCGAGCAAUGUCAGAGAGCUCUCGAAUCACUGAAGAACACCGGCAGUGAGGACGCCGUCGCUGAAUCGGAGGAAACUGAUGAGGAAUCUCCGUCUCAGUGCGGGGAUUCUGAAACGGACGAGCUAUGUGAUCUUCUGAAAUCUAGAGUUGACUCCCCCGACUUUCUUGAAAAGCUUGGAAACGCCCAGGUGCCAGUUCCACAAAAUAUGGCCGAAGAUGGUAGCUCUUGGGAUUUGGUCAGUGAAAACGAUAUAUGGGAAGGUGGGAACAUUGAUGGAGAUAUUGAGUCAGAUCAAGAUGGUUAUGUUCUUGUUACACAAGAAGAUAUUGUGGAGGGAAUUGCAUGUUUUAUGGCUACAUAUAUGUUGUCCUUAAAACAGACGAAAGAUUUGACUCCAAAUCAACUCCAAGAAGCUCUCAGCAAAACAUUCUCUGUAAAAAAGAAAAAAGGAAAACUUCGAAAGGCAUGGGAUGGAAGCAAAGUUAUUUAUAAUGUGGCGUCUUGGGGUGCAACUGCCGUUGGGAUAUACCAAAAUCCGAUGCUAUUUAGGGCAGCUUCUGUGGCUUUUUGGACCUCAUGUCGUGUUAUAUCGAAGCUUUUCUAAAUCUGUAUGUAUGUUGCUACCAUGGAGAAUGCUUGUAAGUUCGCUAUUUGUGUCGUCCUUCUCUCGAAACGGAGGCUGGGAAGAUUGCACAAUUUGUUUAAUUGAUGACGUCUCUGUAAGAAUUAGGAAUGUAGGAUCACCCAAAUGUAGUUAAUUUCUAAUUAGAUAUCAUAAGCCGGUUGGUCUUCAUGAACGUGCUAACUGACUCGAUGGGGGUGUGUUCUGUUAGAGGUGAAGGUUCAAAGUAUCUACUCAGGGCGUAUAGGUCUGUAUCGGUACUUUUUUUAAGUUUUAUUUUUUAUUAUUUAAAUCGAUUCAGAGUGGUUGGUUUAA